CCGCUCAACUUCCGGGGAUGACUUCUGAGGGACUUGAGGGUAAAUCUGUUACUGUUACUGAAGUUAAAAGUGGAGAUAAUAUCUGUGAUUGUGAUGGCAGCUCACACUCUGUGAGGAUCAAGAAGCAAGAAAAGGAAGAAGAUGGAGGACUUCUCUAUUGGGACGGUGGAGGCAGUGAUUUUAGGUUCCAGCAUUGCUUUCUCAGGCUUCUUCUAUUAUUUAUACAGAAUGAAACGCAAAGCUGUGGACAAACUCAAUGAUGCUCCUCACGUAGCUUUAAAUGAGGAACUGCUGGAUCUUCUGAAUGCCACACCUGGGAAGUGUCUCCCAUAUGUGGUUAUUGAAGGCACUGUGCAGCCCCUGGAGAAGCCCCUGAGCAGUCAUUUUAAGGAAGGAACUUUUGGUGUUAUUCAGAAACUGCUCCUCCGGGAGCAUAAACUGGUAUGGAACAAUUUGGCACGCACCUGGAUGGACCGUGAGCAUGUGCUGCACGAGCGUGCGAGCAGCGUGCCCUUUGCUCUGGUGGGAGGAGAUGGAGCACGAGUGCAGGUGCUUCGUCCCCUGGAGGCGUCUGGCCCCGAGAUGGAAACAGUGCAUGAGAAGUUCCACCAGGCAAGCUAUGGCUUUACUGACCUGCUCAGCCAGUAUUUGAGCGGAGAGAAAAGUAAAGGCCAGCUAGAGACAGAGGAAAUGCUGAGGGUGGGUGUAUCCCUCACUGCUGCUGGCGAGCUCAUCCUCGAUUCAGACCGGCUGCUUAAACUCCGCCCUCCAACUGAUGGCUCCAUCUACUUCCUGACCAUGGCUGAUUUUGACUCACUCCGGCUUGACCAGGAGGGCCAGGCGUCCAGCUGGUGGGCCGUGACGGGCAUGUUUGCUCUGGUGGGCAUUGCUGUUGUUCUGUGGGUAGGGCUUCGAUGUUAUAGGCGGAUCCAGAGGAAAUGGGAGAGAGAGAGGAUGAAGAGGGAGUUUGAACAGAUAGGGGAGCAGGACCUUGAGAAUGCAUGUGUAAUCUGUUUGAGCAACCCUAGAGGGUGCGUGUUGCUGGAUUGUGGACAUGUGUGUUGUUGCUACAGCUGCUAUGAGGCACUGCCUCAACCAACAUGUCCAGUUUGCAGGCAGGGGAUCAGGAGAGUCGUGCCCCUCUAUCAGGCCUGAAAAUUAGUGUGCAAGAGAGAGUGGAUUAAGAGCUCUACUGAACUAUUAGAUAUUGAAAGACAGAGGUUAAUGGGAUAUCUUCUACCAGGCCUACAGAGAGAAGCCAGAGAAAUGGAGAAAAAAGAAAAUUCACAAAAGAGGACACUAAUAGAAAGGAGAUGCUUAUGGUACAACUGGUUAUGUCUUUGUUUAAACCAUUUUUUUGUUUAAACCUUUCAUUUAAACCUAAAUGCUAGCCCCCACCUAUUUUCAUAUAUGAAAAUGAGGUUGUGUAAGGUGGCUUAUAAAAACAGAAUUAAAAACUCAGCUCAUCUGAAGUGAAAGGUAUUCAAAGUGUAGUCAUGGAAUUAUACCAAAUCCUCUCAAAAGCAAAUACCUCCAUGAAGGCAAGUAGUAGUAGCAUCUACAAAAACUAUUUCUGUUUACAUGUCUCCCACAAUUUUCUUCUGAAAUGUGAAGCGAUUGAUUGGUUGAUUAAAUUAAUCUUGAGUGCUUGGUUGUGCUUGAUCUUAUAAUCUAUUACUUCUGUACUGUAAGCAUAAGUGUGUGCAUAGAGAGUUUACAAUACUGUGAUCCUUUCUCUUCAGGAGUCUCAUUUCCAGCAGCUGCUAAAAUUGCACUUGCAAUUUUUUCCUUGUAAUGUUUUUAGAAUAUUUAGAUGGAAACAAUCAACAGGUGAAUAAAAAAAUUAAAAACUUU